UAACUCUGACCGAGGUCUUUCUGUUGGGACUCUAGCCUGGGAAGGACGCAUCAGUGGUUAUUAUGAAACGUUAAACUAAGAGUAAUUACAGUGAAGUAACAAGUAUCGAUCAGAAAGCAGUGAACUUUUGAGGAGCGUGUAAAAGCAGAAGACACAGCUCGUGUAAAUCAACAGAGCAGAAUUGUUCUUGAUUAAGAUGACUCACCUGAAGCGUUUUCAAGGAAUUCCCAUGUCGAAGUCAAUGCGGAGUUUGUGUAAAGAGGAAGACUAUGCAUUUCUGGGAAAGUCAGAAAGCACGACAAAAGAAACAACAGAGGGAGCGGCAGCUUUGGAGGACGACUGGAGAGACAGAAAGGAGGAGAGGGUCCGUCGGCGACUGGAGAGAGAGCAGCAGGAAAAAGACAGACUCAGAGAGAUAGAGGAGAGGAAGAAGGAGAAAGAGCAGCAGUGGCGGACUCAUGUGGCAGAAGUGAGCUCCAGCCAGGAGAAGACUCUGCAGGACAGACUGGCAAGACUCCGGAGAUUCAGGGAGUUCCAGAAAAAAGUGUUAGGAGAGGAUUCUGGGAUGGAGGGCGAGGCAGCCGGACUUACAGUCAAUAAACUCCUCACCAGGAUGUAGAGGCACUACAUGACACUUGGAAAGAGGAGUGGCCAGAAAUAUGUUAGCAGCAACACUAAUACUGAGCUAACUGAUGAAAGUGGUUGCAAUCUUUCGAAGCUGGCAGUAGCUUAAUGUUUUGCUUCUUUUUGGGAUUGUUGCAUGUCUUGUUUUUCUCACUUGAGUGUUUUAAAAUCACAUUAUAUAGCAGAGACUAUAAUGAGCGACUGACUCACCGUUAUGUAACAUUGUAGUGUUUCCGUGUUUACCUAAAACAAGGAUUUGCCACUGUAGGCUGCUGCUUGCUUUUAAAAAUAAAACACUUCUGCAAAAGGAAUCAAAAAAGCUGAUGUGGCAUUCUUUCUAAUGCAAACUGUGCAAAGAAUAAACCAGAGCUAUAACAGCCAAAGUAUCUCUGGCAUUGUUAAAGUUCAGGCUGCCACACUUUUACUGCAACACUUUUGCUCCAGGACAUCUAAGUAAAUAACUUUAUCUUGGUUUCAAAAAGUCAUUUUCAGUGAAUCUGAUUUUCGAGGGAUUUUUGAAGGAUUGCUAUUAUCUAGCAGUACAAGCAGCUACAGUAGACUCCAACUCCAACAAACUGUCAGGGUCCCUGCCUGGCCUCCCCUCUCUGUGCUCUUCCUCUCUUUCUCUCCUUCUUUUCCUCUCUCCCUCCCUCCUUCUCUCCUCUCUCAUGCUGUCUCUGCUCCUCUGCCUGUCGGUGCCUCCUCCUCUUGUUCCACUCCUGGCUGCUGGUACUCAGUUCUCAUCUGGAACAGCUGCUGGACCAGCACACCUGCAAAACAUCACCACCAACUACUACACAGCAAUGAAGCCUGGUUUUGGACUCCACUCGGCACCAGAUCGUAGCAUCAGCUGUCAGUCGGUCAGGUAGUAUGACACGUUUUGCAGUUCUGUUUGAGGUCUGCACUCCUCAGUUCUGUCAACUGCACUAUCCAGUUAUGCCCAACUCCGUGAGCCGUCGCUGCAGCCCUCCUCCCCUGCAGUCCGAUGAGGACUUGGACCCCCAUGUUCCGCCCGGCCCACAUCUGGGCCAGUUGACAUACCACCUCCACCCCCGAACAGGAUCUGGACCACGUUUAUUCCACCUGACCCGGCCGCCUCGCUGGUUGACCUGGACCCUCCUCCUGAAGAUGACCCGGCUAACUCCCUGGCUUUCUCUCCGGUCUCCACCGCAGCUCUCCGUCGCAUGUCCUGCAGCGCCGGCAUGUGUCUUCUGGACGGCCGGUCCCCUGAGCCUGCCUGUCCCCCUCAAUUCCCAUUAGUUUCUUCUUGUGAGUUUUGUUGAGUUUGAAUUUCAGUCCGUGUUGUGAGUUUGUUUAGUUGUUAUCUUAUCUGUUGUUAGUUUAGAGUUCUGUUUAGCUCUUAGUUAAAUCCCUUUAGUUUUACCUGGAGUUUGGUUGUUUAGUUUUCCCCUUAGCCUGUCAGUUCUGUUUGUAUCUUUGAUUAGUGUUAUAAUAAAAACCUUUGUUUAUUGGAA